GUUGAAAAUUUGAUGAGAAUUGUAUUUGAGUGAGAAUUGAGAUAAUAAUUCACAAUUCACAACGAUAAAAAUUAAUUUUAAUAAUUCAUAAAAACUAGAAAGUUGUAUAAUUCCUUCAGAAGCAUGGCCUAUUUGGUUCGAACGGUAGACCUGGACCAGAUGGAGAAAACACUCUUCAAACACAUGAACGAACUGCGGUCGGAAAGUUUAUUUUGCGAUGUACGAUUCAACGUCAACGGUACCAUCAUGCCUUGUCAUCGAGUAGUAUUGUCUGCUGUAUCUCCUUACUUCAAAACCAUGUUUAAUGGAAAUUUCAAGGAAAGUAAUUCCGAUACCGUUACUAUGAAUGAUAUUGAAACUGAAACAUUUGAAGAGAUUCUGAACGCUAUGUACACGGCUAGCAUUAGUUUUCAUGCCGGUAAUGCAUAUUUCAUCCUAAAAGCCAGUCACUUAUUUCAACUAGAGAUGAUAGAAAACGCUUGCGUCUCCUAUAUCAUGGAAAAUCCCGAAAUAAACUUUUUAAUUGAGACCUGCGUGUUCGCCCGGAAUAUCCAACUUAAUAAAUUGUAUUCGAAGUGUAGCCGGACAAUAGCCGAAGAUAUCAUCGAGUAUGGAAAGACUAAUUCUUUCAAAAAAAUUCCAUUUGAUGUUUUUGAAAAAAUUCUCGGUGGUUUUCCGCGUGUGAACCUGAAGGAAAGCGAAGAAGAAGUCGUACUUCUGUUGAUAAUGAAAUGGAGUAAACAUAAUAAUGCCAGUCGUGAAGAUGUAGAAACACUUUUAGGUGCACCUAGUUUAAAAUCGACUAAAUUAAUCACCCCCUCGGUCAUGUCUCAAUUAUUGGUUUCUAGUGACGAUGAACCAAUGAAUGACGCGAGCGGAGGCAUUCCAGAGUUGCAUGAUAAUGAUUUCAAUUUAGCCUUGAAUCUAUAUAUAAAGGCUAUCGACGUAGAAACUGGCCAGAGAGGAUGGGGUAUUUUAAAACUGAACAGUGGUUUGGAUAAAUAUGUUCUUUCGUCAUUUCAUCCGACCAGUGCUUGGAGUAAAAAAGUUUGUAGAGUUGGAACGAAAGUGUAUUGCUUUGAAAUUCUCAUGACCGAUGGCGAGGAGACGAUGAAUUUUUCCUCUUAUGACGAGAAAGAUGGUACCCGAAUGCAUCUCUCAAUGCCGCCGGAAUCACCGAAUUUUUUUAUUCAUGAGUUUGAAAUAACAGUUGUGGAAACGUCGAUAUAUCUGAUGAUAACGAGCCCAUAUUUCUCCAUUUGGCUUUAUGAUUGUGAGACGAAUACUUGGAAUAACAUACUGAGAAAAAAUGAACACGAAAAUAUUUAUUGCAACGUUUCCGCGUGUACUUCUUUAAACGGAAGUUUUUACAUAAUCGCUCAGAAAGAAAAGACCACAGAAAAUAAUUUUCGGAAACCAAUCAAACAUAUAUUCUCAAUUACUUACCCCACCUUAAUCGUUAAGGAAUUGACUCAUGUACCGUUAUGCUUAAACGGAAAUUUAUUCUUGUACUUUUGUGCAUUUGAUGGUAGAAUCGCAAUAUCCGCAGUGUUUGGGACGAAAUAUGAGUAUAGAAAAAAUGCACUCUUCAUUUUUGACCUUGCCAGCAGUCAGUGGUUGAUCAGUAUGGAGAAAAUGAGAAGAUGGCAUCUUAAUUUUUACCUGUUUCAUUUCAAUGGCUCUUUACACGUGGUGGAGAAUGAUCGAGCUAUGGUUCCCAACGAAAAAUAUGAUUUAUCUUCGUGUAAAUGGACUGAUUUACCAAACUUGCCGAAACAAGUCACGAUUUCAAAUACGAAUCGAGUACUGGCCACCGGAGAAGUGUUCGGUGCUGAUGUUAAUCAGUGAGUAAUUACUCCUUUUGAGAUAUCGUGUUUGUGUUUCUUUUAUUUUCAUUGUGAAAUGAUAUGCUUUUUGUUUCUGAUUUUCUAAAAUUCGAUUCAGUUUUUGUUCUUAUUUUGUAAUGUAUCUACCUCUACGUAACUCAUGUUAUCUAUGUGUAUAUCUAUUGUUUUUUUCUUGUCGUUCGUUUUGCAUUAUUUUGUAUGGUAUGAGCGCUCUUACAGUCUUGAAAUUGUUCGAUAUUUUUCAAUGAUUACGCUUAUUUUCAAAAAUAAAAUGAUAUCUACCUAAGUACAUUGAAAAUUUGUCAAUUAUGAUUUACUUAAGUUGGUGAAAUUUCUCGAAAUGAACGCAUAGGUGAAUUAAUACCUAGAUAGUAUAGAUAAGUAGGUACACUGAACUCGAAUGGUAGCUUAUGAGUAGGUAGAAAUGUGUGAAGAAGAAUCUAUAAAAAAUACAAAACAUCAAAUCCUUCAAUCUCAAAAAACCCGCGAUUGAUAUCACACAACCGCCGAGCUAUUGUUUUUGUACCUAUAUUUCUUUUUUGAAUGAAAUGUAUGG